AUGCGCCUACUGCUGUCCAUUCUACUGUGUCUCUCGUUCGCCAACCCUUUGUUUGCACAGCCUCAGUCUCAGAACUUUGUGGACGACACGGGGGGCGGCGACACAGCAUGGCAGACCGUUCUUACGGAUGUCUGGGCAGAAGCGAGAGCAUUAGUUGAAUUCGCUCUGAAUCAACCCCUUAACCACGUUAGCUGGCAUUUCGGAUUCGGACUUGAAAACCCAGAUCGUGAAACUGUACGGCUGGUUUUCAGAAACUUGCGCGAGUUCUCUGAGCAUCCCCCUGACGAUCUUCGACUACACAAGGCUUUGCACUACGUGACUAUGCGUGAUCAAACCAUCAUUCCCUUCGACGGAUUUCCAGAAGCAUUCCGGAACGCCUAUCAUGCAGCGGUCGCACGGCGAGGGCGCCGAGCUGGAAUUUGGAUUCGCGACUUAUACCCCGCGGACUUCCGCAACCCAGCAGUGGACGCAGAAACCACACUCGUAGAGGACUGGCUCGAUCGCCGAGCAUACGGAUUCCUUGACACUGGAAACCUUGUAAUGCGACUCUCUUGGGGACGCUAUGCAGCCUUGCUCAACGUGAACAACUACCUUCUUUUUGCUCUCUCCGCGUUCAUAAAUCGCGAGACGAACUGGCCAGGCGACGAGCUGAACCCUUUCCCACUGCCGGAGCACCCAGAUGCCUGGACACCAAUAGCAACAGACCCUGAUGAGUUUGACGUUAUUGUCAGCCCGGCGCUGGUGCCAGAGAUGCACGCAUUCGCUGAGAUCUCAGCAACAUACGGCUUGAAUUCCGGUAUAAGCUCGGGCACAUUCCCUUUCAAGCGUUCCAAGGCUCGUAGAGAGUUGCAGAAGGGCCAAGACUGUCUCGAGUAUGGUCUGAGGGUCGGUAAUGGGCUCCGUAUGGGUGCAGCUGUCGACUCAGACAUAGCAUUUGGUAUGCAACAGCAGAUCAAAGUAGCUUACUAG